AUGACAACGAACGCCAAUCAUUUCGAUAGAGAAGAUUUUCGUUGUGGUGUAUGUCGACAAAAAGGUGCCUUUCAUUGUGAACAUGAUACACCCUAUCGUGAUAUUUAUUUGGGUACAUUUGAUCCAAAAGAAUUAAGAAAUAUUGUUAUCAAUACUGAAAAACCUAAAAAUAGAAGUAAAACAUAUGAUAAUUCAACAAGUAAUGGUAUAAAUUCAAAUACCAAUGUUCAAUAUCAACAAAGCAAACAAUUCAAAACUACAUCAACAACUAAUCAAAAUGCUACGAAAAACAUAGAACAAGAUAAAAAAUCAAAAUCAUGUACUAUUCUUUAA